CUUCCUCUCGCGGCACAGUGAUGCGGGCGGGCGGUGGGGAAAGUGGAAGACGCUACUCGCAGCGAACCGCCGCCGCCGCUUCCGAGGCCUCACCAAAAUGGCCGCCGCCGUCUCGGCCGCCACCACCAACACCACCGCCACCAACAGCUCACUAUCGCUACCGCCGGCGCGGCCCGUCCUCUCGCGAGAAACAACAGCGCUUGCCCGCGACGGAGCGUUUUUAUUCACUACGGAACCUGCUGCUGGAGCUGCAUUGCGGCUGCCAACUCGGAGGACUAGUUAGCAGUGGAGCAUGGGCCUCUGGAUUCAUAUGGCAGUCCACUUAUGUAGACCUGCUUCAUUUUACACAAGGGUUGUUGUUUAGUCUCUUAAGUUGUGACCGACUCGGUACUACCCCAUGGACUGCAGGACGCCCGGUUUCCUCGCCCUUCGCUAUUUCCCAGAAUUUGCUCAAACUCAUGUUCAUUGAGUCGGUGAUGGGAUCCAACCAUCUCAUCCUCUCUGUCUUCCCCCUUAUCCCCCUUCCCUCAAUCUUUCCCAGAAUGUAG